UCAACAUUCAUUAUAUAACAUAUAAACUCUCUAGCAUUCCUGGUCACUUUAAUUCAAGUAAGAAACAAGAAAGAUGGAUAAAAGAUGGAGUCUUCAAAGUAUGACUGCUCUUGUCACCGGUGGAGCCAGCGGAAUCGGGUAUACCAUAGUGGAGGAGUUAGCUAGUUUUGGAGCUAGAAUCCAUGUAUGUGACAUAUCUGAAACUCUUCUUAACCAAAGUUUAAGCGAAUGGGAAAAGAAAGGGUUUCAAGUGAGUGGCUCAGUCUGUGAUGUAAGCUCUCGUCCCGAGAGAGAAAAUCUGAUGCAAACCGUCUCCUCGCUUUUCGAUGGCAAGCUCAACAUUCUAGUUAAUAAUGUUGGUGUACUUCGUGGGAAGCCAACAACAGAAUGUGUGGAAGAAGACUUCUCUUUUCACAUGUCAAUAAAUGUGGAAGCUGCUUUUCAUUUUAGCCAGCUUUCACAUCCUCUCUUGAAGGCUUCAGGCAAUGGAAGUAUUGUCUUUAUUUCCUCUGUUGCAGGGAUUGUAUCACUUGAUGGUGCAUCCAUUUAUAGUUUAACUAAAGGAGCUUUGAUUCAGCUAGCUAAGAAUUUGGCAUGUGAAUGGGCAAAAGACGGCAUAAGAGCUAAUGCGGUCGCGCCAAAUGCUAUCACGACUCCUAUGUGUCAAUCUUAUCUUGAGGAUGUUAGUGUCAAGGAGGCAUUGUUGAGUAGAAUUCCACUUGGCCGUUGUGGAGAGCCGAAUGAAGUUGCAUCACUAGUGGUCUUCUUGUGCCUACCUGCAGCUUCUUAUAUCACUGGUCAAACCAUUUGUGUUGAUGGAGGUUUCACUGUUAAUGGCUUCUCUUAUCAGCAGCAGGCUUGAGAAUGAUCAUGUUACCAUUUUGUUGUAAUAUCUUAAACUCCUUAUUGGCUUUGUAAUACUUAUGUGGAUUCUUUCCACAAGUGAGAAACACCUAUGCAAAUCGCUUGAAUAAUGGUAGAUCAUUUGGGAAGCUCAA